CGUCACAUCGACAUGGACUCAUUUUGUCGGUUCCUGUGCAACGUCGUUCUCGCCAUUGUCGUCUUUCUCAGGAUCAUCAAAAACGGUCUUCUUUCUUUCGAAAAUCCCAACUAUCAUCUCGACCCGGCUAGACUGGACGAUGCUCUGAACAGCAACGGAAAUGGGAGCUCCCUGUACGACGAAUUGUAUCAGGAAUUGGUCAGCAGCGGCGGCAGAGGCGGCGAGGUGACCGGCGGCGGGGGAGGGGGCGGCGGUACGAGGGUGCAGGCACGCAGAACCUACGCCACGUUGGAUCUGGGCAGCAUGGGGGUGGACGUCACUCAGGGCCCUCUCACUCAGGAUUCCGUGACGGAUGACGCUUCCGACAACACGGAAAACCAUAACCUAGGGUACGGCUGUGAGGGUGUGGCGGAGUCCGCCCUCGUCGACGACACCCUCAACGGAAAUCCCCGCUCGUCGUCCACGUCGUUGUCGGGCGCGAUCCUGCCGCCACAAUCGGGAUUCGCGGGAUCGAUCGACACUGCGGAUAGUUCCGGGUUGAGAAAUUACUGCGAGAAACCCGACAACGAAACUGCAGAGAUGGGCGGUGUGCCGCACGUGGAGGGUAGCCUGAACAGCGAGCUGUACGCGGUGCCGGUGAAGCGACGACAACCGAAGGAACAGAAGAACAAUGCGAUUCUGCAGGACAAUAUCCAGGAGAAACCGACGGACGUGGAUAGCACCGAUUCCGAGGACAAAGACGAGAAUCUGCCACCGGGUUGGCAGAAGCACGAGGACGAGAACGGACCUUAUUACUGGCACGUGAAGAGCGGCAAUAUUCAAAGAGAGCCGCCGGAGGCUCCGUUGCACUCAAAAUCGGAGGCGCGUCGGAGCUUGGUCAAGGAUAACGAUAGCAUAAACAAUUUUCACACUCUGAGCGGCAUGGUGAACACGGUGACUCGCAGCAACACAAGCUCGGCCCUGGAUCAGGAAUUAGAGAACAAGAGGAAAGUCGAAUUAGCGCUUAAACGAAGAAGCUACCCCGCCAGAGCGGAUUCGGAGGGCAGAGACAAGCCGAUCAGAUUCGCCGUGCGAUCGUUGGGUUGGACGGAGAUCGCGGAAGAGGAUCUGACGCCCGAGAGAAGCAGCAAGGCUGUGAACAAAUGUAUCGUGGAUCUCUCAUUAGGUAGAAACGAUCUCCUGGACGUCGUCGGGCGAUGGGGCGAUGGUAAGGAUCUAUUUAUGGACCUGGACGAGGGCGCACUCAAGCUGAUCGAUCCGGAGAAUCUCACUGUACUCAACACACAGCCUAUUCACACAGUCAGGGUGUGGGGUGUGGGGAGAGAUCACUGUCGCGAGAGGGACUUUGCUUACGUGGCAAGAGACCGAUCGACGCGGAAACACAUGUGCCACGUGUUUCGCUGCGACAUACCGGCGCGCACCAUCGCGAACACGCUUCGCGACAUCUGCAAGAAGAUAAUGAUCGAACGUUCCCAGCAUCAGAAUCUCGCGAAACCGGUGGACAUAAACGGCCGAACGAGCCUAGCCACCAGACCCACGAACCUGCCCACUGAACAUCGGCGCUUCCAUAGAAAUGGUCAGGCACUAGUCACACAAUCCUUUCCGACGCCGAUGGAAGAGCCGAAAAAAGUGUUGCGAGCGCAAUAUCUCGGUUCGAUGCAGGUCAGUCAAGCGACUGGCAUGGAAGUCUUGAAUGACGCCAUAGAACAUAUCGUGGCGAACACGCCGAUCAAUCAGUGGCGAAACGUCAACGUUGCUGUAGCUCCUAGCAUGAUUUCCAUUCACACGCCGAACGAUGACAAGCUCAUUGCCGAGUGUCGAGUGCGCUACCUGUCGUUCCUCGGUAUCGGUCGCAACGUGAAGCAGUGCGCCUUCAUCAUGCACACCGCGCAGGACCUGUUCAUCGCACACGUCUUCAACUGCGAGCCUAGCAGUGGAGCCCUUUGCAAGACAAUCGAAGCUGCUUGCAAGCUGAGGUACCAAAAAUGUUUGGACGCACAUCCACAAGGUUUUAGAAACGCUAACAGUCUCAACACUCCGAGCGGUAGAGGAUUAGGUGCGACGCUCAAGUCUUUGGUCGGGUCCCUGACUGGUCGCAGAAAUAAGCAGGGCGAGUCCUGAGACGAGGCUCUCUCGCUGCAGUUCUCCGAUUGUUCGCUAGGAACUCUGGCCACUGCCUGCUGAGCGAGAGGUGAUCCGACACAGGCAUCUGCAGUCGCCGUUGACCCUCAAGUACUUCGGUGGCUCGCCGCCGAGCGCGUCCCUCAAGUCGCUGCUUUCGCCCUCUCUGGACACCAGGCGUAUACAACUCGCCCGCUGGGAGAGCAACCCCUAAAUAGACGCGAGGACGAGGCGUGUCUGACGCGCGCCGGGAGGCGGGUCAGCAGAGCAAAUGGAUGUACUUUCUUCACUUGACGUAUAAACGACUGAAUUUUCGCAAAAAAAAAAAAGAAAAAAAAUACAAGAAAACAAUUCCGCAGAGUGCUACACCACAGCUAUAGUGGACUACGCUUACCUAUGUCGAUAUGUCGUUAUGUAUGUUUAACGCUGCGUCCGAUGAAGAAAUGAGAGAGAGCAAUUGCGGGAGUAUUUUUGCCGUUGUCUGUGUUUCGGAAAGAAGAAAAAAAAUACAAAAACGGCGGAGAUGUCGGAUCAAUUCUGUCGCGACCAUCUUUUUGAAAGGCGGCGCAUUUGCGUGGAAUUGACAGAGGGGAGGGGAGGAAAGAAAACGUAAGAUUAGAAAAGAAACGGAGAAGAGAAAUCGGAAGAGUUAAAAAAAAAAAAAAAAAAAAAAAAGA